UUGUUAACAUCAGUAUAAGAACCAGAAUUUCUCUCAUUUCAAUCCAACUGGGGACACCAACUUUUCAUUUUAACAGCAACUGUUGCAAAGUGAUUGCCAUGGUGAUCUGAGGGAGGAAUCACAAGUGCUUCUUAAUUGAGAGAAAGGAACUACUGUUCAUGUGAAUUCAAGACCUCGGUCACAGAAAAUCUAUGCUGCUCCGAACCCAACAAACCUAAAAAUGGUUGAGGAAAAUCCAGAUGAAAUCAAUGUACUUAGUGAAGAUGUUUCGAAUGCAAAGCCGCUACAAUCUGAGAUUAAACAGGAUGACAAUAUCCGUCCUUCAAGAAGUGAGCCUGAAAGAAUAAAAACCAGAUUUAAUUUCAGAAAGAAGAUGUACUGUAUCAUUGCAGUCCUUCUGUUUAUCGCUGUUAUUAUUUGUAUUGGAGCAAUUCUACAUCUAUUUCAGAGAUGUAGUGCCUGUGUAUUUCAUCAGAAUGCAGGUGUAGCUUCAGAUGGAGAACCUUGUUCUAAAAUUGGCAGGGAAAUCAUGAAGUGGAAUGGCUCAUCUGUGGAUGCAGCUAUCGCAACACUUCUCUGCAUUGGGCUGGUGAAUGCACACAGUAUGGGCAUUGGAGGAGGUCUGAUCUUCACCAUCUACAAUGCAUCAACAGGACAGGUUGAAGUGAUUAAUUCAAGAGAAGUGGCUCCAGAGCAAGAAAGUACCCGUAGCUUGGAAACAGUUGCAGGAGGGCCCUCAAUUGCAGUUCCAGGUGAAAUCAGAGGAUAUGCACUUGCCCACCAAAGGCAUGGCCGGUUACCAUGGAAACAAUUGUUUGAGCCAUCCAUUUGGCUCGCAAGAAAGGGUUUUCCAGUUGGCAAGAGUCUUGCCAUCGCCCUUGAAACAAACAAAGAACAAAUCGAAGCGAGCACUUCAUUAUGUGACGUGUUCUGUAAGAAAAACAGCAACAAAAUUUUAAGGGAGAACGACAUGAUAUAUUUUCCAAAGUUAGCGAUCACACUGCGAAUGAUAGCAGACAUAGGACCGAAUGCAUUCUAUGAUGGGCCCAUUGGAGAUGAUAUUGUCAAGUAUGUCAGUCAAUCAGGUGGACAAAUUUCUCUCAAUGAUCUGAAACAAUAUAAAGCGAACAAGGAGACACCGAUAAAUGUGACUGUUGAUGGAUAUACUCUGUACGUUCCAGGUGCCCCAUCUGGAGGACCAGUGCUUGCACUCAUUCUGAAAAUUCUUGAAGGGUACAACUUUUCCAGAGAGAGUGUUUCUACACAGGAAAAGAAAGCCUUGACAUACCAUAGAAUUAUCGAAGCUUUCAAAUUUGCAUUUGCGGAGAGAAGCAAUUUGGAGUAUCCAACAUCAAGGGACAAUACAAAGGUCAAUGAGAUGAUCUCAAAAGCAAGUAGUAUUAGAAAAAAGAUCAGUGACAGUCACACUAACAAAAGGAUUGAUUAUUAUGGAAUAAAGUGCCUUCUACCUGGGCAGGGUGGAACAUCUCAUCUGUCUAUUGUAGCACCAGACGGAAAUGCAGUGUCUGUCACCAGCACUAUUAAUGGUCGUUUUGGAUCAUUUGUACGUUCGAAUGUGACUGGGAUAAUAUUCAAUAAUCAGAUGGCAGACUUUUCACAACAUGAAGAUAAUAACAGGCUACCGCCAUGUUCUCAAAAUUAUGUACAACCUGGCAGAAGACCUUUCUCUGCUAUGUCUCCUGCGAUAAUACUUGACAAAGAUAAAAAAGUGAAAAUGGUGGUUGGAGCUUCAGGUAGCUCCCGGAUCAUCACAGCGACUGCUCUGGUUAUAAUCAACGUCCUUUGGUUUGGUGAUGAUGCUUGUGAGGCAGUAAAUAAGCCAAGGAUUCAUCACCAAUUGGUGCCAAAUUUUGUGCAGUUUGAGUCUGAGGAGCUGGCAACAAAUGAGGCAGAGCUUCAACAGUUCCGUAAGGAAAUAAAAGAUGCCCUAAAGAAGAAAAUGCAUUUGAGCGGCUUUGCCGAUAUGCCCUCGGUGGUGCAGGCGAUUGUACGAGAGGGUAAUCUGUGGCAUGCCGUUUCGGAUAACAAACGUAAAGGUGGUUGCCCUGCAGGUUACUGACGUGCUCACAAAUCUAUUUAAUUGAUCAUAUAAUAUCAUUGUGUGAAAUAUGAAGUGGAAUACUUCAACCAACAUGCGUAAGGUUUUGCCUGUGAGUUAUCGCUGCUACAUGAAUUGCAAAAUACCUUAAUAUUGUGAACCAUACCGAAACAUUCUAGUAAAAGCUAGCAAGCCUCAUGCCAUGAUGCAUUUAUCAAGGUUCAAAUUUUUUUUCUGUAAAUUGAAGGGAGCAGUUAAUCUCAGCAAAAAUCCUCACCCAUUAUGAGCACAUUGAAGACUUGGGCACGUACUGUGCACAAUCUUCCAGAUAUUGAUUCGGUUAGAAAAUGGAGCUUGCCAAAAAUAUUCAAAUAUGCUCUUAGCAGCAAUGGAAGUGCUAAGUUGGAAAUCUAUUGAUAAUAAGUCUUUAUCAAUGACUGUAACAAACAUAAUGUAACAUAACAUACACUGAAAACACUGGAAAUAUGACCAAGUAAUAUUGAGAUAAGAUGGUGAGGUGCAGAUUAAAUAUACCAGCAGUAAGGAGUGAAAUUAGAUGUUGAUCUUAAUGACCAAGUUGUAUUUAUUGAAUAUUUGGCCAUGAAAGGCAAACUAGAGAACACGUUAGAGCUCUUUAGGAGGCAAUAACAUGACAUUCUUUCACUCCCUCUGAAUUAUUUUGUCAAUAUUUUAAUUAAUGAGCCAUUGCACAAUUGUAAUUGAUCAGUGUGAUUAAUUAAACUGUUAUCUUUAACCCAAAGAUACCUUUCUGGAUAAAACAGAUGGAUAUAUAUGUGUGUAUAUAUAUAUAUUGAGGGAAGCUGCCUUCAGGAGGAAAUGUUUACAUUUACAAUGUUUGCCAAUACUGAAAUUUAUUUUGCCUCAUAGAUAAAUAUUUUACAUUCUGCUGCAUUUGUAACUAAAAGCAGUGAGCAGUGAAAAGUGUUGAAUAUCUAGUCUACAGCUUAGGCACGAUUCCAAAACUGUGCAUUUGGCAGACACCAUGUCAAGCUGGGCCUUAAAGUAACCCGAGUAAGUAGUUCCUCUGACAUUCAUCCUGUGAUCUUAAGUUUCUCGAACGCAGUUGAAAAUCUCUCCUUGAUUAUGUAGAUAGACUCUAAUUACAUGAUUGGAACUUGACUGCAUUUAACUAAAGGCCUGUGACUGUUGGCAAGGAACAUGAGAGAGGUUCACAGUGAUAUGUUUUUAUUAAGAUUUUUUUGUAGACCCAGAGGAACCAGAGAAGGAAAUUCUAAAACAAUCCUUUCCCCAGGCUUCUAUUCAGGCCCCUCAAUACCCACAUUACCAACUGAUCACUCCCCACCCCAAACACUUUGUUAAAUGCCAGCAAGUGUUCCUUACGGGCCUAGACAAGGUUCUCAGGCCUCUAUGAUAUCUUACUGCUCCCCACUGGCUUCAGUCAGGAGAGAAGCAGAGCAGAUCAGGUUCAGGAUCUCAAGCUUCCCGGUCCUUAAGCUGCAGAAACCCAAAAAUUGACCAUUUUCCUCAUCUCUCCCAUUCAAAUUGGGUCUUUGAAUCAAAUUUUCUUGUCCAUUAUCAAAUAGCUAAAGAUUUGCCAAUACGUGAGAGCACAACAUGGAUUGGACUGAAGAAACUGCAUGUGAUAAAAUGGACUUAUGGACCUGGAUUUUUGUGUGUCCUCAAGCAAACUUGACCUCCACCCUUUUUUUUCGCCUUCUGAAACCCGGAACUGACAGACUUGUGAUUUGGCCUGGAAUUUUUUACUCUUUCACACAGAGCUCUGGUUUGCAUUGCAUUUUAUGAAUCUUAAUGAGAGGGUUGAGGAGUAUGAGUGCAGUGUGGACUGUUUAGAAAGUUUUUCUUUUCGGAAACCAGCAGCUCAGCCUCCAGCAACGUGGAAAGGUACGCCAAAACUCACCCUUCAACUAACUCCCACCCUCCCCACAUCAAUGCCAUUCUGUGAUAUUCAGAUUCCCAUGCCCUCUAACUGCAUUAAUACAGAUCUACAUUAAAAUACAGAGUCAAAUAGUGACAUCUGAAGGAGUCAACAGACUUUUCACUUUGUUAGUAUUUCCCAAUUCCUCAGCAGAUUUCCCCCAGUGGUCAUAAAUUUUCAAAGAAAGUACCUUUUGAGAUGACGUCUAAAACUCAUGCCAGCACACUAAAGAAAUAGAGAGGAGAUGAUACACAUUUUGUCUGGCCCUCACAUUAGGUAGCUCAACAUCUGAGAUUCAUUUGAUUUUUGCACUCGAGGUCACUCCAAACUGCAAGAAAGUCACCGGAAGUUGGCAGGAAGGCAAUGGAAAAUUGUUUUUUAUUUUGCGGCAAACAAAACCAAGUUCAACUGUUUGCAAGUCGGUUCAGAUCUCUAAAGAGAAAAUCCAACCCAUGAUUUAUCGCUCAUUUUACAGAAAAAUAUGGCUUUCUGUAAUUACUGUGCCAUUAAAAUUUGAAAUAAUCAAAUGUUGCAUUAUCCCAACUUCAUACAUUUCUGAAUAACUGCAUUAGACCGUAUUUAAUUGCACAACAUUAAAAUCCAUGCAGUAUUGCUUAUUUUAAUUGUGCCACAGUAUGGAUUAGGAAGCUGGAAAACGUAUGUUGAACUAAAAAAUCAGCACUGCCCAUACUGACUACUCACUAAUUUGAUGUUUUAACUAACUGUAUAUCACAACCAUUUGGGAGUGAUGCUUUGGUAUAUUUCUGUCCUGACGUUACUAUUUUGGGAAAAACACA